GGGUAGGGUGGCUCUUCAUAUCAAGGGUGGUAGCCACUGCCUGAACCCCUGAGCCCCUUCCCAUGGCAAGAGAAACCUUCCCUUUCACCUCCUCCACAUUGCGCUCUCUCCGCCUGCAGCAAGAGUGGCUGGAAUGGGACGACCGGCGGCGUGCUGCUGCCCAGCAGAGCCGAAGCCACAGGUGCCCCUUAAGUGCCCAGGCCCGACUCACAAGGCCCCGCCACACCUGCCGAGACCCAGCUGUCCACAAUGCCCUGUUCUCUGGUGACCUGCAACAGGUCCAAGCCCUGUUCCAAGAUGAAGAGGCUGCCAACAUGAUUGUGGAGAUGGUGAGCAACCAGCUGGCCUGGUCGGCUGAACAGGGGUUCUGGGUGCUGACCCCCAAAACCAAGCAGACGGCACCCCUCACCAUCGUUGCAGCCCGAGGCUACACAGACUGCGCACGCCACUUGAUCCUGCAGGGAGCUGAGCUGGAUGCCCGGAUCGGGGGCCGAACUGCGUUGCACGAGGCCUGUGCCCAGGCCCAGCCUGACUGUGUGCAGCUGCUGCUGACCUUCGGUGCCAAGGCUAAUGUGCUGUCUGAGGAGGGCACGACCCCCUUGCACCUCUGCACGACCCCUGAGUCCUUGCAGUGUGCCAAGUUGCUGCUGGAGGCUGGAGCGAAGGUGAACCUGGUGGAAAGCGAGAGAGACAUGACGCCUCUCCAUGUGGCUGCAGCGCGUGGCCUGGACAAGCAUGUGGCUCUCUACCUGGAACAUCGGGCUGAUGUAGGCCUGCGCACCAGCCAGGGUGAGACGGCGCUGAACGCGGCUUGCGCGGGAGCUGAGGGUCGGGGUGAAGGCGGGCAGCACGAGGCCGUAGCACGUCUGCUCCUGAAGGCCGGAGCUGAUGCCCGGGCGGCCGGGCGCAAGCGUCAUACGCCGCUGCACAAUGCCUGUGUCAACGGCUGCGGGGGCCUGGUCGAGCUGCUACUGAGCUACGGGGCCUGUGCCAGGGUCCGCAACGGGGCAGGCCACACACCCAUGGACUGCGUGCUACAGGCCGUCCAAGACAGCGCCAACUCGGAGCCUGAGGUCCUCUUCACCGCACUGCUGGAUUACGGGGCCCAGCCUAUGCGUCCUGAGAUGCUGAAACACUGUGCCAACUUCCCUCGGGCCCUGGAAGUCCUGCUUAAUGCCUAUCCUUGUGUCCCAUCUUGUGAUACCUGGGUGGAGGCAGUGCUUCCAGAGCUGUGGCAGGAGCACAGCGACUUCUACAGCUCAGCCCUGCACAUGGUAAACCAGCCAAGGCGACUGCAGCACCUGGCCAGAGUGGCUGUGCGUGCUCAGUUGGGUAGCCGCUGCCGGCAGGCUGCUGCCUGGCUCCCGCUGCCUCCAAUCCUCAGAGACUACCUACUACUGCGCGUGGAGGGACUCAUCCAGUGAGCCCCAUGCCAGACUG